AUGCCGAAUUCAAUGCUCCCCCGCGAGGCGUGGGACAGUCAUCUCCAUUGCCUGGACCCACAGCGUUUCCCGUUCAAGCCAACGCGCGCCUACACCCCUCCACCGGCCACGCUCGAGAGGAUGGUACGGCACCGACAGACCAACAAGCUGAUGCUCGUGCAGGCCUCCAUCGAGGAUGGCUAUGAAGGGUUUCUGGCUCACCUCACCGAGUGUCGGAGGUUGUACCCAUCGAUCACCAUCCGGGGCACCAUCUGCUGCGAUCCGGAGCUGGACCGGUUGACCAAGGAGGAGUUCGAGCAAUGGCACGAGGCUGGGGCGCGCUGCAUUCGCAUCCACGGAGUCUAUGGACAAUUCAGGGACCAGCCAGAGCUCGUGCGGAGCCAACUCCGAGCAUUGGCUGGGUCCUACGGGGUGCGUGUGCUGGGGUGGUCCAUUUCGGCUCAGCUUCCAUUACCAGUGUGGGCCUCUCUGAGACCUUUCCUCAUAGAAGAUAAGAGCAUGCAGGAUACCAUCCUCAUCGCGGAUCAUAAUGGCUGUGCGGGGCCAGAUGACAUAGACACGUCGGAUUUCCGUGCUUUCAUGGACCUGCUAGGAUCGGGAAGGUUGUACGUGAAGAUCGGGGCUUUGUACCGUCGCAGUCCGGACGACUUCCUGCGAAUGGAGCCAGUCAUUAGGGCAAUGGCUGAGCGGACACCUGAUCGUAUAGUCUGGGGAAGCGAUUGGCCACAUGUGGUCACAGAUGGUGGGAAGUUGCAGGGAGGGGAUGUAGAUGCUGAGCUGGCCGCGUUACGGGGAUGGCUGUCAGAGGAGGCGUGGCGUCUGAUGCUUGUUGAUAAUCCACAGUCAGUCCUUUCCCCAAACUUCCCCGGAUUCCUCUCCCCACCAGGUGUCUCGGAGCUGAAGGUCCUGAUAAAUACCCCAGGCCGGUCUGAGAACGAAGCGACUGUUGUUCCUGCAUUUGUGCCCUAUAGAGCUUUGCCUGAACCCCCGGUGUCCGACGGAGGUUCCGGGGUGAUGGCCACCUACCGGGGCUACGAUCCAGAGUUCGCGCGCAAGACAGAGGGCGAGCUGCUGAAGAAGAUCGAUCGUCGGAUCCUACCUUUGGUCGUGCUCAUCUACCUGUUCAACUACCUGGAUCGAAACUCCAUCACGCAAGCUCGAGUCUAUGGGCUGCAAGAAGACACCCACCUGAAGGGAGCGGAGUAUCAGACCGUCAUCUCCAUCUUUUCAGUGGGGUACAUCCUGAUGCAAGUCCCCUCUACCAUGCUCAUGACCAAGCUUCGACCCUCCAUCUACCUGCCUUCAUGCAUGAUCAUCUGGGCCAUCGUGAGCGGAUGCACGGCAGCGACCCACAACGUCGGCAGUAUCAUGGCGGUCCGGUUUCUACUCGGCUUUGUCGAAGCCCCCUUCUUCCCCGGCGCCAUCUACUUCCUCAGCUGUUGGUACACAAAGAAGGAACUGGGAGUGCGAACCGCAUUGCUCGUGUCGGGCAUCCUGCUGUCCAACGCUUUUGCGGGACUGAUUUCCGCCGGAAUCCUGACCGGAAUGAACCACACCACGCGUCUCGCAUCCUGGAGAUGGCUGUUCAUCAUCGAGGGGCUUGCCACCGUUGUUGUAGCCCUCGUAGCCAUGGCCUUCCUGCCCGACUUCCCCGCCACGACCAAAUGGCUGACUGAAGCCGAACGGAUCGUGGCGCAGGCGCGUCUCGCCGAGGACGCCGGCUCGGAGAACGCGCUGGAAGAUGAGAAAGUGCCCCUGCCCCGGGCAUUGAUCUGGGCCGCCAAGGACGUGCGCACCUGGAUCUUUGCCUGCAUGCAAAUGGCCACGACGGCCACCAUCUCCUUCUCCCACUUCUUCCCCACACUGAUCAAAGAGAUCGGGUUCUCCAACAACACAGUCGUGCUCCUGCUCACAUCCCCACCCUACGUCGUGGGCUUCUUCUGGGCUGUAGGCUGGGGCUGGUGGGCCGAUAAGCGCCAGACUCGCUCCAUUCCCGCGGGCGUGUCGGAGGGGGUGGCUAUUCUUGCGGCCAUUCUGUUGAUUGCGGUACCAGAGUCCCAGCAGUGGGCGCGCUACGCCUUCACCUUUCUGAUCUGCUGCGGAACGUACGGUGUCUAUGCGACCACCUACGCCUGGCUGUCUUCGACCAUCGUGCAGCCCCCGGCCAAACGAGCCGUGGCGAUCGGUAUCGCCAACACCUGCGCCAACGUGGCGUCGCUGUUUGCGAACUACUUCUGGUUGGACCAGUACGAACCCACGUAUCGGGUCUCUUGGGGAUGUAUCCUCGCUUUUGAGUGUCUCGGAAUGGCGUGUAUCCUAACGCUGCGUUUUCUGCUUCGUCGCGCCAACAGAAGGUUCGAGGAGUUGGCAACCACGAUGGAGGUGAACGAUAGUGUUGCCAUGCAGCGAUUGGACCAAGACUCGCGGCGCGCCAUCUUGAAUGGGUUUCGAUAUGUGAUCUAG